AUGGCGUUUGGUGAUGCCUGGAAACAACUAUCUUGGUUUUAUUACCAAUAUCUACUCGUAACAGCGCUGUAUAUGUUGGAGCCGUGGGAGAGGACCAUCUUCAAUUCUCUUCUCAUCACAGUGGCAGCAAUGGCAGUGUACACUGGUUAUGUGUUCAUGCCCCAGCACAUAAUGGCUAUAUUACACUAUUUUGAAGUAGUCCAGUCACAGUGACGUCAUCUCCAGUAAUCAUCAGAAAGCUCGCGAGCUCCCCCUGGUGGCCAUAAUAAAAAGGAACUGUUCUGGAACUAUUUACCAGCUGACCUGUGAUCAGUGUGCGCAAGGACGGAUUGAUGAUGAGUGAGAAGGCAUGUCUCAUACAGUCUUAUCAUUUGUGUGGCUAUGUAGUCCCACAUAAGUGCAAAAUCCUGUAAUUGCAGUAGCACACACUGCCCUGUCUUUUUAUAUGUACUACAACUUUUUGUUUUUAAUGAUCCUUUUCCUUCGUGGCAGCGGUAUAUUCAGAUGAUAAAUAUUUUUUGAUAUGAAUGUGUAUAUUUAAUUGUAUACAUAUUUGUAAAGUUUGUAUAGAGUUUAUUUUUGCUGACCUAAAUGAUUUGGUUCGCUAUAGUGGUUAUGAUGAAUUGUUGAUACUGUUUUUGUCAUGACCAGCACAAUAUUUAUUAUCUCACCUUUGUGAGUCACGCAGUACAUAAUUAUCUGAACUGAUGUGUGAUGUCCAUCAGUGCUUAUAAGUAAGAUGGGUCAUACAUCAGAAUCAGCCUAUGUGACGGUAAAUCAGAAGACUGUUUGGUUAACGUUGUAUUCAUGUCAUUGUUGGUUUCUCCCCAAAAAGUAGGCACAGUGUUUCAUGCAUAGCAAUUAUCAUCAGAUGAAUAAUUUGAUGAUAAUGUAGUGAUGCUUAUUCAAUGCCCAGACUUUUUUAUCUGUCCGUUUUGGUGCCUAUGGCGAAAGUAUAAUGCCUUUGAGUGUAAACUUCUGUUUUAAAUCUACUUUAAGUUGUUGAAGUUAACAUACUGUAAAUAACAGACGCUAAGACUAAAAAAUAAAAAUUGUAUGAUGUGUUGAAUCUUUAAAA